AGCUGCAGGCUCGAGCUCGGCCUGUUCGUCCAUACUUGAGGCCAAGGUAUCAGUACUUCACUGUUCGCCCAUCCAACACUACUUGCACUUCUGUCAAGGCGCCCCCUCUGAGAUCCGACGUUGCGAACAAGACACACACUCUGCGACGCCAGGAUCUCAGGGCAGCCGCCUCCGCAGCUCAUGUGGCGCUCGCUCGCACCGGCGGCUGCGUGGCUGGCCCUGGGCGCCGGCCGCGCGGAGGCCCUGGCCCCGGCGGUGGGCGACGAGUCCACGUGGCCGCACCUGCCCUCGCUGCGGGUGCGGCCCGCGGCGGCCCCGGGCGCGCCCGCGGCCGUGCGGCUGGAUGCCCUGGCCGAGGCGGGGCGCGGCGCGCCGGCGGAGGGCGCGGAGCGGGCUGGUGUGGAGCACGAGGGCCACCUCUGCGCCGGGCUCGAGGGCGUGGACCGCAAGCAGCUCGCCGGCGUGACGCUGGCCGGCGACGCGGCCACGAGCUCCGCGCGGGCCUGCGCCGCGGCAGCGGAGCAGGACGGGCUGUGCGGGCCCGAGCUCUACUUCGGCACCGCGCAGGACGGCCGGCGGCACUGCGGCUGCGUGCUCCGCGGGCGGAGCUGCCUGAAGGAGAGGGCGCCCGAGGGCGCGAACUUCGACGUGUUCCUGGUAAACACCGUGCUGCACUCCGGCCCCGCGCCGUACGCCUACGGCGCGGAGGGUCCGGCGGAGGCUGAGCCCGGCGCCUCGCCGCAGCCGGUCCACAGGGAGAAGGUGACGUCGGCGCACUCCCACGCGGUGCUGCGGGAGCUGAUGGCGGCCCCCGCGAAGGAGGAGCUCGCCAGGAUGGAGACGUUCGAGUCUAUGUUCGACCCGUCCGCCCCGGCGACCGCGAGGGCCCCCGCGCCGCCGCCCCAGGUGCUGGACCUGCCGCCGCAGUCCCAGCCGCCGCUGGACGAGCUCGUGGGCGCUCCGGGCGCUGGUUUCUGCGCUGGCUCGCCCGCCAUGUACGAUGGGCCCACCACGGGCUGGGAGGACUGCCGCACAAAGUGCGCCAACCACCGCUGCGGAUUCUGGAGCUACUGGCACGACUCCCUCCAGCACCGGUGCAAGCUCACGACCGGGUGCCGCCGGCGCGAGCGCGACAGCCGCCACAGCGUCAGCGCGUACCGCGGGACGCAGGC